AUGAAAACGUGGAAUAAUCUACUUCCACUCAGUAAACCUGAAGAGUUAUUGAAAACUAUCGAAAUUCCAUUAGAAGAACAGAAAGUGAUUCGACCGCAUCAAUUAUAUCCUUUAGCUACAUCAAUGAACAGAAACUCAUGCCACGUUAUUUAUAAUGACGGUGUACAUAGUGAUUGUUGUGUAUGGUCACCUGAUCCGUUAAUCAAUGGUCCAGCAAGAUGUGGCUGUUUUAUGGCUACUAUUCUAGCUAUAUUCAGUAUCAUAUUAUUACUUAUUGGGAUAAUUUUAACCAUACUGCAUUACGUAAUCGGUAUGGAAUUUUAUACAAUUAACCGUGGUCAAACUAUUGGUCCAUUACUAUUAGGCCUCACAAUUAUACCACUUAUAUUCAUGAUCUACUUCAUAUGUAUAGCUAGGCAUAAAAUAACUGAUUAUGUUGAACAGUUAUCAUUGAAUUACCUUGCCAAAGAACGAAUAGCUUAUAGACAACAUCAGGCAGAAUUAGCACGAAGUUCAAUUGGAUUACAAAACUCAUCUAGAUACAGUUAA